AUGGCUAGUAGACCGGCGACGCCGACCGCCUUGCGCCGUCCGAACAAGGAGAGGACCCGACAGUUUGUCUGUGAUGUAGAGCAGGGAGCAGAGGGCAGGGAGCAGGGGGAAAGGAGCAGAGGGCAGGGAGCAGAGGGCAGGGAGCAGAGGGAAAGGAGCAGAGGGCAGGGAGCAGAGGGAAAGGAGCAGAGGGAAAGGAGCAGAGGGCAGGGAGCAGAGGGAAAGGAGCAGAGGGCAGGGAGCAGAGGGCAGGGAGCAGGGGGAAAGGAGCAGAGGGCAGGGAGCAGGGGGAAAGGAGCAGAGGGGCAGGGAGCAGAGGGCAGGAGGAGAGGGAAAGGAGCAGAGGGCAGGGAGCAGAGGGCAGGGAGCAGAGGGCAGGGAGCAGAGGGAAAGGAGCAGAGGGCAGGGAGCAGAGGGCAGGGAGCAGGGGGAAAGGAGCAGAGGGCAGGGAGCAGAGGGCAGGGAGCAGAGGGCAGGGAGCAGAGGGCAGGGAGCAGAGGGCAGGGAGCAGGGGGAAAGGAGCAGAGGGCAGGGAGCAGAGGGAAAGGAGCAGAGGGCAGGGAGCAGAGGGAAAGGAGCAGAGGGCAGGGAGCAGAGGCGCAGGGAGCAGAGGGCAGGGAGCAGAGGGCAGGGAUCAGAGGGAAAGGAGCAGAGGACAGGGAGCAGAGGGCAGGGAGCAGAGGGCAGGGAGCAGAGGGAAAGGAGCAGAGGGCAGGGAGCAGAGGGAAAGGAGCAGAGGGCAGGGAGCAGAGGCGCAGGGAGCAGAGGGCAGGGAGCAGAGGGAAAGGAGCAGAGGGCAGGGAGCAGAGGGCAGGGAGCAGAGGGCAGGGAGCAAAGGGCAGGGAGCAGAAGACGAUAUGA